UCUAAUCUCUUUUGCAUAUCUAGGUAAUAUCCAUUCUCAAAAUGCCCGGAGGAAACAAAGUCACCAUUUUUGCUCUAGCUAUGAUGUUGUGCAUCUUACUUCAAACUAGCAUCUCAAAUGCAGAUACAUUUCCCGCCGGUGGCACUAAUGGUUGGGGUUUCAGCAUGAAUGACUGGCCUAAUGACAAGAUUUUCAAGGUUGGCGACGUCAUUGAGUUUAAAUACCCAACUGGGAUCCACAAUGUUGUGCAAGUGAGCAAGGCAGGGUUUGACUCUUGUGAUGGUACUGGAGGACAAGUUUUCAGUUCAGGAGACGACAAAAUAACACUUGCACAAGGAACAACAUACUUCAUUUGUAGCAUCGGACAACACUGUGCUAAUGGUGUCAAGGCCGCUGUCACCACCAAAUAAUUUACUUCAACUAGCUACACUUACCAUAAUCUUUUAAUAUUACUUCAUUCUAGCUAAUAGUUGUACUUUGGAACACCAAUAAUAGACAAUGUUUUAUUUCAUGGUCCAUAAUCCGUGUAGAUGUGUUUGCUUGUGUACUACUUGAAUGAAAAAACUAGCAUAAUUAUUUUGAGUAAAACUAAAUUUUACUAACAAACAUGUGACUGAAAUUCUGAAUAGCCUCUAACUCUUAUCUUUAAAUUAUUAUUUAUUUU